AUGGCUGUUCAUGACAAGAACACGUCUCUCACCAUCACUGCAGUAAAUGUCUCUGAUACAGGACUCUAUUACUGCAGCUACAUGGAAAAGAAUCAGAUUCCAUUUAGUGAUUCAGUUUACUUAAGAGUGAAAGUUGCAAUAAGUGAAGCCCCUUUUAAGAGAGCAAAGACGUUGAGGGUUAAGUUGAGGUUAAUCCGUAAGCAUGGUAUUAGUUUUCAUUGUUAUGCUGACGAUACACAGUUAUAUGUCUCAGCAAAACCUGAUGAGAAAAAACAGCUUACUAAAAUUGAGCAAUGUGUGCAGGACAUAAGAAAUUGGAUGCUAAUUAACUUCCUUCUGCUAAAUCCGGAUAAGACAGAAGUUCUAGUCAUAGGACCGCAUACAGCUAGGAGUAAAAUUUUAGAUCACACCGUAACUUUAGAUGGCCUUUCUGUUCCAUCAAAUGCAACAGUGAAAGACCUUGGUGUGAUUAUUGAUUCCAGCCUUUCAUUUGAAGCACAUGUAGAUAAUAUUACCAGGAUAGCAUUCUUUCACCUCAGAAAUAUUGCCAGAAUAAGAAAUUUAUUGUCGCUAAACGACGCAGAAAAACUAGUUCAUGCUUUUAUCACCUCUAGGUUGGACUAUUGUAAUGCCUUACUGUCUGGUUGUUCAGCUAGAUGCAUAAAUAAGCUUCAGCUAGUCCAGAAUGCAGCAGCAAGAGUCCUCACCAGAACCAGAAGAUAUGAGCACAUCACCCCUAUCUUAUCCUCACUCCAUUGGCUCCCUGUGAAAUUUCGCAUUGAUUUUAAAAUACUACUCUUGACAUAUAAAGCAUUAAAUGGUCUCGCGCCGCAGUACCUGAGCGAACUGCUAGUGUCUUACGAUCCGCCACGCCUACUUCGAUCAAAGGAUGCAGGCUGCUUGUCAGUACCGCGUAUUAUGAAAAAUACAGCUGGGGGCAGAGCUUUUUCUUACAAAGCCCCAAAGUUAUGGAAUAGUCUUCCAAAUAGUGUUCGGGACUCAGACACAGUCUCAGUGUUUAAGUCCAGGCUAAAAACCUAUUUAUUUAGCCAAGCAUUUUUAUAAAUAGAUUUGCCAUAGGUAAAGGAGCAGAUCUGGGGGACUCAUGGACGUAGAGUAUUAUGGUGAACUGGUAUGUUUGGAUGCUGUCUUCCUCACUCUCAUUGAUCACUCAGGUUUGCUGACGGUGAGGUGAUGGUUUGCUUUACAUGUCAGGAAGCCCUCAUGUUUGUGUUUCCUUCUGGCUCUCCCUUUUAGUUAUGCUGUCAUAGUUAGUCCUGCCGGAGUCUCUGCUUGCACUCUACAGUUAAUAUACAUUCACAUUAUACAUUGUGUAACUGUGACCA